CAUGACACAGACUGCAUAUUUUGCAAAAUAAUUCCAAAACCAAAUGAUAAAGAGAACAUCUAUUAUAUGAAAACUUUACAUUUCGAACAAACAAUUGUAAAAAAGUGCAACUCUAGAAAUGACAGCUGGGCAAAUGAAGUGUUGGCUAAUGUCAUGGCCAUUGGUGGUUUGUUUACACACAAGACGUGUUAUCAUAUUUCUUGUUAUCAGCGUUUUGUGAAUGGGAAAAAUAAACCCAGUGCUAUUGAUCCGAAUAGUGCAAUUCCUUCGAACUUGAACGAUUUUAAACAGAGAGGAGUGAAAAGAAAGAGUGAACAACAUGUUCCUGGUCAAACCACUGACAACGAGAGAAAUUUGGCUUUUCUUCAAGCAGUAAAAUAGUUAGAAGAGAAAGACGAAGAGUUAUUCACCAUUAAAGAUUUCAGCAAGUUAAUGGGUUCGUAUGGUUGUGAGCCAUACUCUACUAAAUACAUUAAGUCAAAGUUGCUUGACCAUUUUGGAUGUGAUGUAACCUUUUUUAGUCGCAACGGAAUUGAUGUUCUAAUUUGUUUGCCAGCAUCUGCAGAAAGGAUAGUACAUGAAUUUCAUUCAAAAACAGAAAAAAAUAGAUUGGAUUCGGCCGAAGAAAAAAAAACUACGAACUAUUGUUGAAGCAGCAAAACUAAUCAUACAAGACCUGAAAAAAAUUAGUACAAAUUCAGAACUAUAUGAUAUCUUCCAGAAACUUGAAAAUCUAAAAGAGACUCUGGCAUUUGUGCCUGUCUCACUACAGAUUUUCUUGACAACAAUAAUUACUGUGAAAUCUAAUCAAUCCAAAAUUCCAUCACUUGGAACACUUGGUUCCAUUAUUAAACCUCCACUUCCAGAUAGUGUGAGUGAAAGCAUACUUCUGUUGCAUUCUUGGAUUUUAUCGAAUGAACAACUCACCAUUAGGUGGCACAAAAAAAACCAAAAAUAACUGGAAUGACAAGAUUUACAGCAAUGAUCCAGCUGAGGGGUCUGAAGAUGGACUAAGAGUUGGUCGAGUAGUCAUGAUGUCAGAAGACAAAGAUUUUCUUAGGAAAAAUCUAAAUCAGUUUAAGAAGACAACUGGUCCAACGAAUGUCCAGCAUCAGGCAAAUAAAGUAAAGCGAACGAAAGGAAAUACUGCAACACCACCUAUUGCAACCAAAACAAGGGCUGUGUCUGUCAAAGGACGAGAGGCAGUACAGCAGCUACAAUGGGAGACCUUGAGGGCGAACAAAGUGCCAACCCCUCUUCAUUACAAACGGAGGACGAUGUUAGCGUUAAACGUCACUUGUAACAGGAAAAUGAUGAUCUAAAAUGGAAAGUUGCUCGUCUUGAAAAGGAAAAAGCCUCGAGAGAUUGUACAAUGAUCAAAUUUUUCCUAAUGUUCUUAUACAACGCGAAUUUUUUUUAUUGUAAAAAAGUUCCAUCACCAAAUAUCAUUUUUCUACUUUUCAGAUAUGGCAGACUUGAUUGAUGUCAUCAAGAAUGACUCUGAGAAACGUAAUUUAGAGCUUACAACGA